GGUAAGAGUGAGAAAUACAAUUUACUUGAAAAUAAAUUCCCAAAACUAGGUUCUUUUGGACAUUGAAUAUUUAUUAAUUAUUAUUUCAUCCUUAUUUAUUAAAUAGUCAUAUUUUUGCUUUUGCCACAAUGGCUUUAACUAAUUCUGUCAAAGGAGAUGAGAUUGAAAAAACCGAUAAUGAUGUUGGUACUGAGAAAGCUUCAAAAGCAGUACAAGAACCAAUUCGAAGUCGAACAAGCCAAAGAAAGGCGGCAACUGCUGCUGUAAAUGCAAUGAAGGAACAAGCUGCAGGAGCAAGAAAAGGCGAUAAUGAUGAUGAUGAGGUGAAACCUAAGCGAGGUGGUCGUGGUAGACCCAAGGCGAAUAACACUGAAAAGCCUAGUGCCAAAAAUGAACGGAAAAGGGCUCUAUCCAGUGAUGGUGAAGAGGAUGAACAACCAAAAGGAAAGAGAGGUAGACCAAAAGGUAAAACAGCGCCAAAGAAAAAGCCCGCUCCUUCAGGUAGAAAAGCUGGUAGACCUAGUAAAGCUUCAAAAGAAGAGGCGGCAAAAGAAUCAGAGGAAAAUAAAGAUCUUAAAGCUGAGGAUGCAGCUGAUGAUGAAUCAAAUUCAGGAGAGGAAAAUGCCAAAUCUGAAUAACUUUUUUCAAGCCAUAAAUUAAUUCAUCUAUCUUUCUCUUUUUCCACUUGGUCUCUCAUUAGUUUAAUCAUUCACUUCAUUUCAUCUAAAGCCAGACUAUCCUCUAUUUUAACUUAAUACCAUUCUUUCUCGUCCAGUCUCUUGAGAGCUGAUUUCGAGACAUCUAUUUCUUUUUAAAUCUUACUCAUAUCCUUGAUCCAUUCAAUUAUUAAUAAUUAUUUGCUUCAAUUAUUUUCUUUGCUCUGAUCUAAUAUUUUUAAGCCAAUUUAAAUUAAUUGCUGAUAGUUCAAAUUACACCUUGAGUUUCUUAAUCUCAUUCAGGCCGAACAUACAUAUGUAACUUUCCGUCAUUCAUACCUACAUUUUUCUUUCUUGUAAAUUACCACAUCAAAUAAUAAAUCUGGUAUCUUCUUUCACUCA